UUUCAGAAAGGCGCUGGUGUCGUCACUGUGGACGAAGCGCUCUGCCAAAAAAAACAAACGCUAUAUGGACUUAGCGGUCUGAAAGCAGGACUUCUGCUGUGUGAGCCUGACAGCAGAGCACAUGGACCGACUGAGCUUCUACAUGCAGCGAGAGGAAGUAGAGAGGGACAUUCACGAUGCGUUACCUGAAGGCCACCGUAGUUCUGAAGGGAGGGGUGAGGUGGGGGAGGAGUCUUCAGUUGGUAUAUUCAGAGCAAGCUCUCUUUUACAGGACGUCCUGAUUACUGUACAUAUAAAACAAUAAAAGGAACAGUAUACAAUUAUACAACAAACCGGCCAAGAAUGUGAAAAGCUAUUCAAAAACAUGCGUUCACACUGCUCCACAGUAUGUCAGUUACAAGGGAUGCCAACUGAUUAACAGGGAUCAGCUGGUCUAAAUGUACAAGCUUGUGUGGUUCAUAGUAUUUAAAAGCCAAUUUCUCAAUCUCAGUAUAGACUUGAUGCUUGAGGACCAGAUAGUCUUGGGACCUGGUUCGGUGUGAGGUUGAUCUAGGCCUAGUUAAAGGCCUCUGAACCUCCACUAGACGCCAUCAAAUCCUACACACUGCUGCUUUACAUCUGUUCAGAAAAGUUGAAGAGAAAAAUAAGAAAAGCCAUCUUUGUCAAAGGGUGUCCCCCUAACUGUAAACUGUAUGUUCAUGUCAUCAGUUGAUGUUGCUCUCUUUGUGCUCUGAACUCAAUGUGUGCUGUUCAUUGUGUCCUGAGUUUAAUGAGCCUUACUUGUGAUAUCUGUUAAUACGAUGUUCAGUGAACUGUGAUUGAAGCCGCUGUAAUGCUGAGCAUUUUAAUAUGUGACUCAACUCAAAAUAUUCUCACACGUUUCUCAAUGUAUGUCUUAUUAUUUGUAUAUGAUUGAAUUAUAUGUGCAUUCCUUCAGCUGUAAUCCAAAUCUGCUUUGUAAACUUGAUACUGUUUAUUACAUAAAUGCAAUACUGAGUUGUCUUUUUAUCAUCUUUGCGCACAUGUCGUUGAAGCCAAUGAUAAGAGUCUGACAAUCCUACCUACAAAAAUAUCACAGUAUAGUACCACCUAUAACAACUGAACAGUUUGUGAUAUUUCUUUGAUGCUAUAAAUCACUUGAUACUUCCAAAUUGGUAAUAAUCCGUAACAAAGUGUUAAAAGUGGAGCAGUUAAUGGAGCAUUUAGCAAAAGUCUUUUGCUAAAUGCUCCGUUAUUUUCAGCAGCUAGUCACUAACAGUGCUGAGCAGCGUGAAUAUCCACAACACACAGCGAGAUGUAGACAUUGUGUUGAGAUCACAGAUCAAGUGUUGGUGUUAAAGGACAGGUCAGAGGGGGUCACCAUGAAUAUCCACAGAUCAUCACAGAAUUAGACCACGUGACGUUUGAUCACAACAGCAGCUCUCUGUGAAGCUGUGCUAAUCAAUGUUUUCAUAGUAACAAUGGAUCAGUUGAGUGAGUACUGUGAAGGGGUCACUCGUAGUGACUAGCCCACAGAGUUCUCACAAUGUGUCUCUGUGUCAGUAGACAGCUGUAUCAUGUACCAUAUCCACUUUAUAUGGGGAUAGUAGUCUUACUGACAGGUGGGACCACCUCCACUGUACUGUGCAAAGGUUUCAAAAGAAGAAAAACAGCCUCUGAAUGUGAGCAGCUCCGUUUCCUGUCAUGAGCCUCAGACAGACAGCCACAGCUGCCCCGGACCAGAAUACCUCCAGAGGGACCAACCCAAAGAAGGAGGCACCCCUAGACUCCCUUCACCUCUCCUACCUCCCCCAGCCCCUCAUUUCCCACUGCUCUCCCCCCUUCCCACUCUGGGGAGUUGGUACAACCUCUAGAGGGGCACAUUUAUUUUGGGCUGUAGCAGGGGUCUGGCUAAGUAGAGCGGGGGCAAGUGCUCCUUAUAAUUUCACGAGACCUCUCCGCUCCCUGCAGCUUGUUUAGUCCCUCAUCCCUUGGCUAGUCGCAGCCUUCUCCGUCCGCUGGGUUUUGUUUCACCAGCACAAUGACUGUGGGGAACAUGGAAAGUGCUCAGCUGUUUGAUGCUGGGGGGAAAGGUCGAGGCCUGAGGGCCACCAAAGAACUCAACGCUGGGGAAGUGGUCUUCGCCGAGCCCAGUUUCUCUGCUGUGGUCUUCGACAGUUUGGCCACUCAGGUGUGCCACAGCUGUUUCCGGCACCAGGCCAAACUGCACCGCUGUGGCCAGUGUAAGUUUGCCCAUUACUGCGACCGCACCUGCCAGACCGCAUGCUGGGAUGAACACAAGCAGGAAUGUGGAGCCAUCAAGAAGAUCGGCAAGGUACCCAGCGAGAAUGUUCGUCUGGCUGCUCGUGUGCUGUGGCGUAUACACAAGGACACAGGCAUUGUGUCGGACAGUCAGCUGAUCUCAGUGGACCAGCUGGAGGACCAUGUGGCUGAUCUACCUGAAGAAGAUCUUAAGCAGCUCAGGACUGAUGUGCACACCUUCCUGGAAUAUUGGUCUUAUGGAAGAAAGCAGCACUCUGUUGACGACAUCUCACACAUCUUUGGCAUCAUCAAGUGUAAUGGAUUCACACUGAGUGACCAGAGAGGCCUGCAGGCUGUUGGUUUGGGUCUUUUCCCCAACCUUUGUCUGGUCAACCAUGACUGUUGGCCCAACUGCACCGUCAUCCUCAACCACGGCAACCAGUCAGCAGUGAGUUCUGCUCUCCACUCUCAGAGGAGGAUCGAGCUGCGAGCUGUGAGUAAAAUCUCAGAGGGCGAGGAGCUGACCGUCACCUAUGUGGACUUCCUCAACCUGUCCGCUGACCGCCAGAAGAAGCUGAAGGAGGAUUUCCACUUCCAGUGCAGCUGCGAACACUGCAGCCAGCGUGUCAAGGACGACCUGAUGAUGGCUGCCGCAGAGAGCGAGGGGAACAAACCCUCUGCUGAUAAGGUGAAAGAGGGGACCGCCUUCAGUAAAGAGUGUCUGGAGAAGAUCGAGAGGUCCCGUAUUGAGAAGGAUUAUUGCGAGGUGGUGAGGUUGUGUCGUGAGUGUCUGGAGAAGCAGGACAACAUCUUGGCUGACACUCACCUGUAUAAGCUGCGUGUGCUCAGCGCUGCCAGUGAGAUGCUCUCAUACCUGCAGUCCUUCUCUGAGGCUGCAGACUACGGCUGCAGGAUGGUGGAGGGAUACAUAAAGCUGUACCACCCCAACAAUGCCCAGUUGGGCAUGGCCAUCAUGCGGGCAGGCGUGACCCACUGGCAUGCAGGGCAGAUAGAGGUGGGUCACGGCAUGAUCUGCAAGGCAUACGGCAUACUCAUGGUGACCCAUGGACCCAACCACCCCAUCACCAGAGACCUAGAGUCUAUGCGCAUGCAGACUGAGAUGGAGCUGAAGAUGUUCAAGCAGAAUGAGUAUGUGUGCCACACCAUGACGGACGCUGCUCUGAAGAAGCAGCCAAUAAUCAGCACCUAAGCUGAUGGAAAUAUCAAAGGCCUCCUCUGCAAGCAAUGAUCACCUGCAUCACUGAUGAUCCUAUCUUUAAAAAUAAAUAAAUAAAUAUACAUAUAUACAGUAUAUGUAUAUAUAC